UCCCGCCUCGAACUGUGCCAUAUAUCUGUAGAUGCAUGCGUAUGCAGCUGAACCUAUCCGACAUCCUUGACAUCGCCUAGUCCCUCCUACCAAAAUAGCCUGGUCAACAAUCGCAAGGCAUAUGCUCCCAACUGAUCUAUCCUCGUCUAACCUGCCCACAUCAAGCUACGAGAUGCCCAAGCGUUGCAUCUAUCGCUCCGAUUUGCACCUGGAAGGGAUCAGCAGAAACAGUUGAGCGGCUAUUGGUGGAAGGUGCGACUGAUGACUGACUGCGUUAGACGGACGCAUUAUCCGCAAUCCCAGAAGGACAGCUGAAGGAGGAAGCCGAGUCGUAUCAAGCAUAGCUUUCUUUUUCUUUCGACUUGGUUGCAUCCAGUAGUUCGCCCGGCGUUCACCCAUUCCCUGCUGUCCUCUCUUAAGCAGACGAAGGUGUGUCGGUAUAGUGUAUUCCAACAUGUGAGUAGCCACGGAAUUCUUACGCUAGGUGAUUGAUCCAUGUAAUGCAGAUGAUCCAUUGUCAGCCCAUUGAAGAGCUGGAGUAUAACUGCGUCCAUUUGCUAAGACAUGUCUCCGGUACCAAAACAAACCAUCCAGCCAUCCAGUCAAUAGGCCAGCCAGCUCCCCCAAGCCAGUACUACUAAUCCAAGCAUAUGAAUAAAGGAUAUAUAUGAUUGAUUGCUGCAUCCAUUCGACACCAUUCCACCACAUAAUGCCUUUGGUCUGGGUCAGACCAAAUCCUAAUCCAAAUUCCGAGCCAACACCACCUCCGAAUCGAACGACUCCUGACGGGGAAAACCAGCCUCCUCCCCCGUACGAAGCCAAACCACCUUCAUCCUCUCAAGAGCCUCCGUCAGAUCGCCCAGAGAAGAAACAAUUAGUUUUCACAGAGGCAGUAUAGCCUCCACGAGUCCAGACGCCGACCUGCCAUUAAUAUACAACCGUCUAAAACCACCACCAUCUCUAUUUACAUGGGCAAGAUCAAUGCUCGGAUGGAACAAAACGGGUGAAUACUGGUCAUCUAUUCUUCUCGGUGUUCUUAGGUCAGAUAGCGAAGGGCUGGGACUCUGGCUAGAACAGAAUGCAGUCGUCUCCUGUUCUGAAUGAGCUCGUGAAGAAGACAGACGCGAGGUUCAUCUCUUGGUAUCGAUGAUGGUUUCGUUCAGUCUCCAAGUCAAAUUACGCGAUUCGUAAAGUUGAGGGAAUAGCAGAAUUACUUCAGUUUACGCUCUCAUUAAUUAACCACUUGUUGCUUUGAAACUUCCACCUCAUGAUCCCCAAGAGAUACCUCGCUUUUGACUUGCCUCAUUUUAUUGCCCAAACUAAAGAGAGGUGGUACAUGCAUCUCCUUGACCGUCCACCCUAGAGUAGCAUCUUGACAUAACGAAUGAAAUCCCGUGGUGAUGUUAGAUCUUAAGAUCCGUAUCGAAGUAUUUAGUGACUGCAUUAUACCAUGAUUUCUAUCCUUGAUAUUAGGGGAGUAGAACGAGACAGUCAGAAAAUCCUUACCACCUUCUUUCAUCUAUAAUUGUGCGGGUGUGUUGACAGAAUCGGCCCUUGUGGUGUGACUGUUGGAAUCAGCAACCAAUGGAGCCCUUCAUGCAAGUGAAUUGUUGACACCAUGCUGCCAUUCACCGCCCUCAACAGAUCGAGUGUUCGCCUGGGCUUUGCAUCCCCAGGAGUGAUUGGCCA